AUGGAAAAGAUAUGGCACGAACUAUUGCUUCCUACCGGGAACUUCAACACAUUGACUGAACUGUCAAUAAGCAGCUGUGGAAAGCUAAUCACAAUUUUUCCAUCCAGUUUGGUACAAUUGUUACAGAAUUUGGUAGAUUUAUCUAUUUCAAAUUGUGAUUUGUUGAAGGACCUAUGUGAAGGACAUAAUGCAACUUUAGUAACACUACCAAGGAUAAAGAAUUUUAAAUUGUUGAGUUUACCAAGCUUGAAGGAUAUAUGGUGGAGCAAGGUCUGCCCUGAAUCUCUUAACUUUCGAAAUCUCACACAUCUUACUAUUGGGGGAUGCAAAUGUCGGAGAUAUCUUCUCUCUUUUACCCCAUCGAAACUUCUUAUUCAACUUCAAUAUCUUGAGUUAGUAGAAUGCGACAUGAUGAAAGAGAUAAGAAAUUAUUUGAGCUUCACCUCUCUCAAUUGCCAGAACUCACAAGCUUCUACCAAGGGAAUUGUACUUUAG